UAUGGCCAACCUCAAUAUGGCGGCGGGAUGGCUCCAGUCACCGGAAGUCAGCUAGCUGCUGUCACCGGGGGAACGAUGGCGGCUGACGGGGAUUUUCUGCUGCGUUACCGGGCCGUGUCUAACAAGCUGAAGAAGCGAUUUCUGCGAAAGCCCAAUGUUGCAGAAGCCAGUGAGCAGUUUGGUCAAUUGGCAAAAGAGCUGAAGCAGCAGGACUGCCUCCAGUAUGCAGGCUUCUGUAACCUGGCCAUGGCACGGUGCGAGCAGACACUGUUCAAUGCCCCAGGAGAAGCCAUGGCCCUGACUGAGGCCGCCCGCCUCUUUUUGCAUGAAGAGAAGGAGAGCCAGCGUCUAAAAUGUCCGGGAUUCGAGGAACAUUUGCAGGCGGCUAUCAACUGCUACAGCUUUGCCAUAAAGGUUUACAUUGAGUUGAAUCAAGCCGUCAUGGCAGCCAGUUUGUGUCUGGAACUGGGAAAUGCUCUUAAGGACAUGAACAAGCUUGGUGAAGCUUUAGUUUACUUCCAGCGGGCAGCAGAGUUGCAGACACAAGUUCCGAUCGAAUGCCUCCUGUCUCUAGGAUACGUAGCAACUUGUAAGAUCAUGACGCGAGACUAUGACGGAGCUCUUGCAGUGUUUACAGAGAUGCAGCUUCUUGCUCAGGAGAAGGGUCUUCACACGCCAGGAAACAAUGUGCCAGUCGGAGCAUUUUUGGACGUUAUUGUAAGAUGUGAAGUUUCCCGGGUUCUUCUCCUCAUGUUGCUUCAACCUCCGCCUCAAAAACUAUUGCCUGAACAUGCACAGACUCUAGAGAAGUAUGACUGGGAAGCCUUUGACAGUCAUAGCCAUGUGAAUUAUUUGACGGAGGAGGUAUUCUUACUGUUACAGUCUGUAGUGAUGGCAUGCCAGGAAAACGAUGUGGAAUCACUAAAGAUUUUGCAAGUGGAACUUUGGCCACUGUUGACAGCAGAACAGAACCACUUACUACAUCUGGUCCUUCAAGAAAUGAUUUUUCCUUCUGGUCAAGGCAUAUGAACCCUGAGAUUCUGGUGACUUCCUAGAAAAUGCAGAAUCUUGGUUAAAGGUGUUAUCCAGGAUUAGAAACAACAGAGCUAAUUUCUUCAAAGACAGCACCACCCCUGUCCUCGGGUUGGGUGCUGUAAUGCAGCUCCGUUCCAUUGAACUGAAUGGAUCCAAGCUGCAAUACCACUCACAACCUGAGGACAGGUGUGGCGCUGGUUUUGGAAGAAAUUACCUUUGUUUUUCUUUUUUUCCUGCAUAAUCCGUAUAACCAAGAAGUAUGUGAAGAAGACGUCCGUAAUGCUGGUGACUGCACAUUUGGUAUUUCUCACUGUUUGUUGCAGCGUACACUUUUAAUGGCUGGUAUGUUAUGCUGUGUUAUGUUUAUUGUGAUUUCUCUUUGCUGUUUCCAUUAGAACAGAGCAUGUUCUAAAUGUGCUGUCAGUGCUGAUCUAACUUUAAAGGGGUACUACAGCGCUUAGACAUCUUAUCCCCUAU